AUGUUCGCUGUUUCCGCGUCUGCUCUUCUGUUUUCUGUCGUUGUGCAUGCUUUAGUGGAUAAAAUCGCGAAAUGUUUAAACCCGUUUCGUCAUGAACUAUCUGAAAAUCAAGAAUCAAAGCCAAAAUAUGUUCAGAGGCAGCAUUUUAUUUGGCAAAACACGUGUGUAUCUUUUGUGCACGCCUUUGUAUCAGGGAUUUGGUCUUUAUCAACGUUUUACCUCGAACCCGACUUCCUAACCGAUUUGAUAAACCUGUCUACAUGGCGAUCUAUUUCUCUGGUAUCCUACUCUCUUGGUUACUUCAUUUUUGACUCUUUACAUAUGGCUAUCCUGCAUCCUUAUCGGUCUACGGCUGAGUUGUUGGUGCAUCACUUUGUCAUAUUUUUGUGCUUCUCAUCUGCAUUAUUAUCUGGCAACUAUAUUGGGUAUGCGGUUGUUUCGCUUCUUCCUGAAGUUAACUCGAUCUUCUUGCACUUGCGAAGGGCGAUGAACUACCUACAUGUGCCCAAAAGAAAUCCCAUCUUUCGUGCCAUUUGUUUGUUAAACAUUAGUUCAUUUAUUGUGUUCCGUUUCAUGGUAUUAUCUUGGAUGACUCGUUGGAUUGUCAUUAAUCGAGAUCGAGUUCCAUUCGGAUACUACUGCCUUGGCUCAGUUGGCCUUGCUGUGUUAAUGGUUAUGAAUAUUGUUCUGUUUAUCCGGGUUGUUUACGCUGAUUUUCUAACAAACAAUACAGUUUCCAGUGCAGCGUUGUUAGUUUCUGCAGCUGGCUCUGGUACAGGUGCACCUGGGAAACCUCAUCUGUCAGUGCAUUCAUCUUAUGUUUCUGCACAUUAA